AUGCUUGACGCAGUCGUGCUAGAGUAUAAUAGCGAGAAGGAAGAGGGUAUCGUAGAGGCCAUUGAUGCUCCUUGCAGGCGUUAUCGUGUUUUCUUUUCCCCGAGUAAAGGGCAAUCUGAGACUACAAACUCUACCUCUGAGUACACAGGCGAUGAAAAUCAAAAUAAUAAUAAUAAUAAUAAUAAUAAUAAUAAUAAUAAUAAUAAUAAUAAUAAUAAUAAUCAGCAACAGCAGCAGAAACAGGAAGAAGGCCAGAAAAGACAAUCUAGAUUAAACUACGUUGGGUACUUGCUUAAUUCUUCACCUGUCGGUCGAUGUGUUACUAUUGACCCUGUUGAUGAGAUGGAUACAUUUUUUGUUAAUGGAAAUUCGCAAAUACCACUUGCAAGACUCGUACAUAUGCAUGAAGCUAAUUCUAUGACAUCUAAGAGUAUGUUACCAGGUAUUAUUACACGUGUUUCAAGUCGUUUUGUUUUCAUUUUUUGUUCAUUUCUUCCUUAUGAAGCAGUGGCAACACGGGAUAUGUUUUCAACAGGUAGAAUUUUACCUGUUGAAUGUACUCCACCUUCUUCUUUAUCAUCUACAGAUACCACAUCAUUUUUUUUCACUGAAGACGAAGAAAAAGAUUGGGUUGGUCGAUCUGUUCAUUUCGCCCUUUAUCCUAUGAGUUACCUAGUUAUGGAAGCUUUUUUUACUACUGAAAAUAAUACAUUUGGAGGAGAAGGAGAUCAUCAACAAUACAUUUUGGUACAGAAUAAUGCUGUAAGAAGCAAAACUGAAAAUUCUGGUGGUGAAAAUAAUAGUAAUAGUCAUUAUGGUAGGAAUAGUGGUGAUGGUAUAUUAAUACCUUUAUGUAAUGAUUCCCCUCAACGAACUUUACAUGAAGGGAUAGGAACAGAAGUUGCAUGUGUUAAACACGUAAAUGGAGAUGAACUUUGUAAUACUCAAAUUGGAUCUUGGAGUAUUAUUGGAACUGAUCCAUGUUACUUUUUUCAACCAGAAAUAUCUCUUCAAUUUUUGCAUGAUUCAACAGUAUUACCACGUAACGCAAUACCUCCAUUAAUGUAUCAAAAAUCUUCAUUUACUAUUCAACUUUGGUGUUUUUGGAUCUUGGCAGAAGCUGAUAUUUCCUUAUCUGUUUAUGAUGAAGAUGAACGAGAUGUUACACAUCUUGUAUUGGACAUACAAAAAGAAAGUGUCAGUGAACUACCGUCCAUCACACUUGAUAAUCUGCGUUCGAGAGUUGUGCUUUCCUUUCUAGCGCAGAUCAAAACCUUCAAGAUGGAUGAUACGGUGUGUGAAUUGACAUUUGUAUUGCGUGCGGUGUUGGGCACCCGCGAGACUCAAUUGGCGUCGAAGCCCGUUUUUAUUCGCCGCGGCCGCGCUGGACUUUCAACCGCCGCCGCUGCCGCCGCCCGCACAACUCCGACGGGGCCGCGUGAUGUUCUCUCGCAGAAGUUUUGGGCCACCGACGUGCUUGGGCCGCAGGACAGCAUCGCCGGCGGACUCACGGACCCCGGCCGCAGCAAUCAACUCUUCACGGAGGCCGCCCGCUACGAUGAACUGCCGCUGGUCGAGCGGGAAGUUAUUGUCGUGGACCCGCAGGACGGGCGGCUGCAGUCGAUCGCCGCACUGGCGCGUCGGGCGCUGCUCGGCAUUGUCGACACCGUCGUGCGAGUACAAACACUGGUGUGGCUUGUCGUGAGUGCCUUUGGUGGGGAUGGGAAUAAUGUGGAUGCGGAGGAUAAACUCACAGAACUACGCCGUCAACGGCGGGCGGGGGAUGAGAAGAAACGGCGCCGUGGGGAAUCGCAGGGUGAGGAAAGUGCCAAUGUGGUCCGUCUUGGUGAUAUUCACCAUGGGGUUUGCAGACAUCGGGCAUUACUUUUCAAGUAUUUAUGUGAUGUUGUGCAGAUGCCGUGUUAUUUACUGCGGGGAGAACACCAGGGGGCAUCAGAUGAGGAGGCGGAACGUCAUUCUUGGAAUAUCGUCCCACUAGAAGGGAGACGCUAUUUACUUGUGGACACAACACUAAGUCCACAUAAAUUGCAAAUGUGGCCAGUACCUGCGUAUAAAGCACCACCAGUUGAUUUAAAUGCAAGUUGGUCUGGUUCACAUUAUAUGAUUUUAUACCGUUCUGCUGCUAAAAUUCAACUUUUAGAAGAAUGUGGAAGAGGUGCCACGGCGGUAGUACGACGUGGUUUAUUAGGAGGUGGUCUUACUUGUGUAGUUAAAGUUCCACGACGUAAUAGUGAUUUGGAUAGCCUUAUUCGUGAAUAUGAAAUUUUACGGAAAUUUAGAUCCACAUCUCAUGUUGUACGUUGUCUCGGAUGGAGUGGUGGAGUGGUAAUGGAAUACUUUCCUACUAAUUUAUUGAGUUUUAUGAAUCAUUUAAUUAUUCGUGAAAAACGUAUGAGUUUAUCACAGCAAAAGGAAAUUCUUUUCUGUGUUUUAUCUGCAUUAAAAGAAGUUCAUACUCGAGGUUACGUACAUCGAGAUAUAAAGGCAGAAAAUGUUCUUUUAGUAGUGAUAAGAUGUAAUACUUGUCAUUCUCUUGGAACUAUAUGUCACUUGUGUGAUGUUCGGGCAAAACUUGCUGAUUUUGCAGAUGCUGUUAUGGUCAAUUCUCACACACAAAUACAUAAAGCCUCUCCACGUAUCGGAACUCCACCUUAUGUAGCCCCAGAAAUUGAAGCAGAGAUGCCAUUUUCUUUCGCGGCAGAUGUUUGGUCAUGUGGUAUUCUUGCUAUUGAAAUGGCACAAAUGCAUUUACCAGUGACAAGUGUGCGUAAUAACAUUGUAAAACGCGAAAAGGUUGAUGAAAGUAAUAGUAAUGGUAGUAAUGGUAGUGGUGUCUCUAAUGCAGUGUUUGCGACUGUUGAUGGCAGACCAUUAGGACCUCUUUGUGUGCCGCAGCUACCGCACACACCACGGCCUCCCAAAUGGCAACAGGAGUUUGUAGAAGGGGCAUUGCGAUUGAAUUGGCGGGAACGCAGUACUGCUGCUAUGCUGUUGGAAGUGUUGUGCAAAGCAGCAUGUUGA